AUGCAGUUCAACAUCCUCUCUCUCCUCGGCGCUGCCGCUCUGGCCGCCGCCAACACCGUCACCUUCCAGUCUCUGGACGACGUCACCCGCACCGUCUACUUCACCCCCAACUCCGGCCUUGCCUCCAUCGACUCUGUCGAGGUCCCCGGCAAGGGUGAGGUCAAGGUUCAGAUCCCUGAAUCCUGGAUCGGCAACUGGUACGCCAUCUCGGAGGGCGCCGAGAACACCCCCGGCAUGCUCGGCGAGGUCGCCUUUAACGGCUGGAACGGCUUGACGUACUUUGACGUCUCCGCCAUUAUCAACCCCAACGACCACGACGGCGUCAAGAAGAUGUGGCCCGCCAGCGGCGCUGAACCCGUCUCCGGCUGCGAUUCGUUCCCCUGCAACAACGCUUACUACCUUGCCAACGACGUGCAGACCAAGGUCACCUCCGAGACCGACCUCAUCUGCACCCUCGGCAAGAACGGCGCCGUCUCCCGCCGUGACAUUGACGACCACCACGAGUCCCCCAGCUACAAGCGCGACUUCGUCCAGGGCAAGUACUCCAACUAA